GAGCAGCCAGGUCGUCUUCCUGAGCCGCGGGCGCGGGCGGUCCCGACUCCGCGCCUCCGGGGAGAGAGGCCAGCGGGCCCGCAUCCUGUCAGUGAGGCUUGAGUCCGGGCUGCCGCAGCCGCCUCCCUCUGGUGCCUGCGCCGCCCUGACGAGCCGCGGCCGGGGCACGGAGGACUGAGCGGCCCGGGGAGCCGAGACCGCUGGAGACGGGGGCGGCGGCGCACGUUUGGGGUCUACUGGAGCCAGAGGAGUCUGAGGGACCAUGUCCGGGAGGAACCUCCACCUCUCCACCACCGAACGCGUCAUUAAAGCUGUGCCCUUUCCUCCAACCCAGCGGCUUACUUUGAAGGAAGUAUUUGAGAAUGGGAAACCUAAAAUUGACCUUUUGAAAAACCAUUUGGUGAAGGAAGGGCGACUGGAAGAGGAAGUAGCCUUAAAGAUCAUCAAUGAUGGGGCUGCCAUCCUGAGACAAGAGAAGACUAUGAUAGAAGUAGAUGCUCCAAUCACAGUGUGUGGUGACAUUCAUGGACAAUUCUUUGACCUGAUGAAAUUGUUUGAAGUUGGAGGAUCACCUAGUAACACACGCUACCUCUUUCUGGGUGACUAUGUGGACAGAGGCUAUUUCAGUAUUGAGUGUGUGCUGUUUUUAUGGAGUUUAAAGAUUAAUCAUCCCAAAACAUUGUUUCUGCUUCGGGGAAAUCAUGAAUGCAGGCAUCUUACAGAAUAUUUUACCUUCAAACAGGAAUGUCGAAUCAAAUAUUCUGAACAGGUGUAUGAUGCGUGUAUGGAUACAUUUGACUGUCUUCCUCUUGCUGCCCUCUUAAACCAGCAGUUUCUUUGUGUGCACGGAGGGAUGUCACCUGAAAUUACUUGUUUAGAUGACAUUAGGAAAUUAGACAGGUUUAAAGAACCUCCAGCCUUUGGGCCAGUGUGUGACCUGCUUUGGUCUGAUCCCUCAGAGGAUUAUGGCAAUGAAAAGACCUUGGAGCACUAUACCCACAACACUGUCCGAGGGUGCUCUUAUUUUUACAGUUAUCCUGCAGUUUGUGAAUUUUUGCAGAACAAUAAUUUGUUAUCAAUAAUCAGAGCCCACGAAGCCCAAGAUGCUGGGUAUCGAAUGUACCGGAAGAGCCAAACAACAGGCUUUCCAUCACUCAUUACAAUUUUCUCCGCCCCCAAUUACCUAGAUGUCUAUAACAAUAAAGCUGCUGUGUUAAAAUAUGAAAACAAUGUCAUGAAUAUCCGGCAGUUUAACUGUUCUCCACACCCCUACUGGCUUCCAAACUUUAUGGAUGUUUUCACGUGGUCUUUGCCUUUUGUUGGGGAGAAAGUCACAGAGAUGCUGGUUAACAUUCUCAACAUAUGCUCUGAUGAUGAAUUGAUUUCCGAUGAUGAAAUUGAAGGAGGCACUACAGUUCGAAAGGAGAUCAUCAAGAAUAAAAUCAGAGCCAUUGGGAAGAUGGCACGGGUCUUUUCAAUUCUUCGGGAAGAGAGUGAGAGUGUGCUGACUCUCAAGGGCCUGACUCCUACAGGUACACUUCCUCUGGGUGUCCUCUCAGGAGGAAAGCAGACUAUUGAGACAGCCACAGUAGAAGCGGUAGAGGCCCGGGAAGCCAUCAGGGGGUUUUCGCUUCAGCACAGGAUCCGGAGUUUUGAAGAAGCCCGAGGUCUGGACCGAAUUAAUGAGCGGAUGCCACCCCGAAAAGACAGCCAGUACCCUGAUGGGCCAGUGAAACUGGUAACCCCUGUACAACCAAAUGCUGUGCACAGGAGCGACAAGGGAAGAAAAGCCAGUAGUGACUCAGAGUCCUCCUGUGGCCCAGCAGGUGGAUCCAAACCUUAACCAAUUUUAUUUAUUUAUUAUUGGAAAACAAACAUAAACAACUUAAACCUGGAGGUGCAUUCAUAAUACACUCUGCAUUUAUUCUGUAAGAAAGGUGACCAUUUUAUAAAUUCUUUUAAUUUAUGUUUAAUAUAUAUAAAAAUUGCAUCUGUUUUGUUUUUCCCAUUUUUUCCUAAUUUUUAGGAAUUGAUCUGAUUGUCUGACACAUAUGUGAAGUCUUGUGCUAUAAAGGGGACUUUCCCCUAAUAAAAGGGCCUUGGAAACCACCACCCUGGGUUUCUGACUUGAACUAGCCAGCCUUUUCUCUUGUUUUUGGAAAGCAAUGUCUUUUAUUUCAGACUAAUAACUUUUCGAAUACAAGGAGGUUUUUCUUUUCUUUUUUUUUUUCCCUUUCUACAGGGUACCAUUGAAGAAGAUCUCUCAAAUUUCAGUGGCUAAAACUUCUCUUCUUAUGGAAAACUUGAUUAUAGUAGAACUUCUAAGUGACUAACUCAAACCCAGUGAUUUUAAGGGCCAAGGGGAAUAUUUUCCGUAAUAACCUACUUUCUUCUGGACUCUCAGUUCCUUUUAACAUAUUCAGUAAGGCAAAAUAAAAAAUAAUGAGGGAUUUUCUUAGAAUUAUUUAAAAUUAGUUCAUUGAACCAUGUACAUGAUUGGUUUAAACUUCCCAUAGAACUUGGGAGGUUUCUUAACUGUUGCCAGAUCCUUUUGCUUUCAUCUUUGAACCCCAGGUGAUUUAUCCCAACUGCAAAGGAAGCUGCAUUUGUAAAUAUUUUAUAAAUGCCCUCUGUAGAACCUGUGGCAGUAAGCAUCAUCCAUGCCUUUCUGUGUUAUUUCAUCAGCUAUUGCAUCUCUUCUCCCCAUCAUCCUCCUAUUUUUCUAUGUCAGCAUUUUGAAACUAACAGGGGUAAUGGAAACUGAUGAAGGUGGAAUGAUCCCCUUGUGAAUUGGAAGUCUUGCUAAAGGGCAUUGGAUGAGGGAGGAUUUCCUAGCUUCUAUAUCAAUUACUGGGAUAUUUCUCCAUCUUUCAGUACUCAUUAGGUUGAACUGUCAGUCUCUGUCAGCAUAUUUUGAAAUACAAAAACAAAUGUUCAGACCUAAUGUUUGAAUAAUUUUCCCUUAGUUUUCCAAGUCAUGACCAACUAGUGAAGGAAAUUUUGGGAAUCCUUAGGCUCGCAUUUUGGUUUAGCCUGGUAGCAGGUGCCAUAAUACUCAUUGGUUGUCUUUGCAAUGAAUGUACAUGUCUGGGCAAUACUACACCAAAGUGCAUAUUUAUGAAAUUCCUUAAUGUCAUUUGGGAUGUAGGAGUCCAGCAUUGAAGCAAUUAUCUCAGACAGUAGUACUUUAUGUUGGGAGCUUCAGGGACGUCAGAAACCUUCUUCAAAAAAACAUAAUUUCAGGGCCAGCCCAGUGUCCUAGUGGUUAAGUUCACACGCUCCACUUCGGCGGCCUGGGGUUUGCGGUGUCAGGUCCCGGGCGCAGACCUAUGCACCACUUAUCAAGCCAUGCUGUGGCAGGCAUCCCACAUAUAAAGUAGAGGAAGAUGGGCACGGAUGUUAGCCCAGGGCCAGUUUUCCUCAGCAAAAAGAGGAGGAUUGGCAAUGGAUGUUAGUUUAGGGCUAAUCUUCCUCACCAAAAAAAACAAAGAAACAUAAUUUCAUUAGAAUAAUGAAGACUUAGCCCACCUAUCUCUAUUUUUCUAUACCUUUUGCUAACAGUUCUCAGUUUGUUUAUGACAGAAAUAAAAGCAUUUUGGGGAUUGGAAUCUGGUGGCAUGUAUUGCUUGUUAAUAAACAAGAUAGGAAGGAUAUUGGGGAAGGAGAUAAAAGAUCUCUUAUUGGGUUGUGAGUAAUACCUGUGAAAGAAGGGAGAAAAAGUCUUGAGUAGCUGUCUUUACUGAUCAUCAUUUCUUUGUACUCAAGGAGGGAAUUCAUCACCUGGAUAUCCUCAUAUUCCUGUCUCCUCCAAUCCCAGUAUAGAAAAGACGGCUGUUUUGGAAGUCUCACCUAAUGUGAAAGUCAGUCAGUCAGUCCAAUGACAGAUUUGAUAGCCACAAUCCACAAGCAGAAACCACUCUUAAACGCUUCAAUCAGCAGGCAAGUAGUGAAAUAGUUAUUACAAAUCCUUAUAAGCAAAAAAUAAUAUUGUACUAGUAAAAAGGAUGAUUAUUCAGGAAUUAUGUCUUCAUUAUCUUCUCAAAAAGAAGUAGUAGAAUAAAGCAAGUUUCUUUGACAGACACUUGGCAAAAGGAUGUAUUUUACAGGUACCGUUUGAGCUGAUGAAGGAUCAGCCAGAGUAGAGAGGUAAGAAGUCAUGAUUCAAGAAAAUCGGAGUAAGUUUAAUAUAGAGCAACAACUUCUUGAGGGAAGUUAGGUUUGAAAAUUCUGUUGAAUUUUAAAGGUAAAGGUAUUAUGUUCUGUAGAACGCUGGAAUGUGUAUUUCAACAAUUUAGAAAGUUGUGUGGUGUGUCUAUAUGGUACAGAUAGCCUCUUAAAGUGAGACCAUCAAUCACUUUGCACCAGUGACUCAAGACAGUGUAGAAGGCAUGAACCUUAGGAAUAUACUGGAAUAACAGGACUUGUUCUCACUUUAAACAUUGUUGGAGGGUUUUAACAUAUUUUUGAAGGUUUUAAUCUAAACAGUAGCCCCUAAGAUGGCUGGUUGCCUGCCCUGGGUUUGCGUAGGACUAUUAUUCCUGCCUAGGGCCGUCAUUUCAGACAUUGUAAUUGCUGUCAGAGCUCUGCAGUAUUGCUGUUUUCAAAGCCUCUUCUGUUUUAUUAAAUCUUCCCUGCUGCUUGGUCUAAAGAUACUGAAAAUACUUUUUUUCUUGCUCUCCUUCACUUUAAGGUCCACAGGGACCUUAUUUUUUUCAACUUCUCAUCUGGGGUGGGGGUUGGGGAAGCCCCUUUCAUCAGUUCCCUAGACAUGUCAGAGGGCUCCUUUGUGAACUCUUGUGAAGUACCAUUUUAGAAAUGACACUUCCGGGCCGGCCCUGUGGCUUAGCGGUUAAGUGCGCACGCUCUGCUACUGGCGGCACGGGUUCGGUUCGCAGGCGCACACCGACUCGCCGCUUUCCCGGCCAUGCUGAGGCCAUGUCCCACAUACAGCAACUAGAAGGAUGUGCAACUAUGACGUACAACUAUCUACUGGGGCUUUGGGGAAAAAAAGGAGGAGGAGGAUUGGCAAUAGAUGUUAGCUCAGAGCUGGUCUUCCUCGGCAAAAAAAAAGAAGAGGAUUAGCAUGGAUGUUAGCUCAGGGCUGAUCUUCCUCACAAAAAAAAAAAAAAAAGAA